UCUCGAGUAGAUUCACUCCUUCACAGGCUCACUACUCAAGAAACUGGGGGACUUGUGUUGGGGUAUACUACCCCGGCCUAUUACUGUAAUACACCAUAAAAAAACUGUAAAAUUGGGGAGCAUGAAUGUGGAUGCUCUUAUGAUAUUAAAUUGUAUCACAGUGUGAAACAAAUUUUAAGUAUUUACUUAAAAUUGAUCGCAAAUAAUAAUAUGUGAGAAUAUCGGGUACAAUCUCUAAAUAUGAAUCCUCUGAUUCUUCACUUGCAAUUUGAUAUGAAUAUAAUUAAAGAAUUUAAUUUAAAAUUAAAUCUCUAAUUCUUCAAAUAUUCGAACGUUCUUCGAAUCUUCGAAUCUUCGUUCUUGAGAUCUUCAAAUCUUCGAACUUCGUUCUUCAGAUCUUCAAAUCUUCUUGAAUGCAAAAUUCAAUAUUGAAGGGCCUCCGGUUUCAAGUAGCUUGAUCUUCAACAAAAGGGCCAUUAUGUGGCUUGAUCUUCUGUUAAAGGGCUUCCCGGGAUAUAUGGCUUGAUCUUCAAUUGAAUAUUGAUUCAAUCUUCAUAUGAAUAUCUUCAAAUCUUCAAAGACUCGUUCUUCAUAUCUUCGAAUCUUCAAAGCUUCGUUCUUCAGAUCUUCGAAUCUUCAAGCUUCGUUCUUCAGAUCUUCGAACGUUCUUCAACUUUUGGCUUUGUUUGAUCAAGAAUCGAUGAAAUCACAAAGGAUUAUUCAUAUAUUCUUGACAAAAACGUGGCUUGAUCUCUUCCUCUUCUUCGGAAUCCUUCAGAGCCUUUCGGGAGUUCUUCGGAGCUUUGCUGCAGCGUUUCUUCGUCUGGAAGUUCUCCUCCCAUUCUCUCAAAUGAGACCCCUAUUUAUAGGUGUGGAGGAGGUGAAAAUAUGGCCUAGGGUUGCUGAAAUUCGUCCAUACCUCAUGGGCCUCAAUUAAAAUGGGCUUCGGGCUCUAUUUUCUUGCAUUUUAAUAGCUAGAAAAAUUAGCACUUAUAUAAUGUAUCUGGACAGCCUUUUUAACAAGAUUCGCAGCCACUUUCCAUGCAUACAAACAUAUUUCUUAACCAGAUUCAUUGCUCUCUUUAUCGAUUGGGUAUAUCUCUUAUUAUACUGGGCCACAAUUUAGUAAUGGGCUCAAAAUAAAGAAAUUAAUAGGACCAGUCCAUUCUUCUAAAGGUUUAAUUAAAUUAAUUGGAUAUUUCAAGUGAUCCAAAUUAAUCUAAUUACUAAAUUCUAUCUGAACGGAUCCAUAUUAAUAUUUUCCUUUUGAUAUGAGUGGUCCAGUAGAAUCCGAUUUUGGCCCAAUAAAUUCAAAAGAGGCCCAAAAAGGUCAAUUAUAGCUCGAUACCAUUUGAAGAGGCCCAAUAAUCAUCUCAACUAGUCCAAUAAUUUUUAUAUGUCCACAAAUGCCCCUCGAGACUUGCUUGAAUAUCUUAAGAGGUAAAGUAAGUCUCGAAAUAAGUGGACCCGAUAUCUCUAAGUGCCUUGAAAUAUGUUUUCUCCCUUAACGUAGGUUAAAAUAUUCAUGAAAUUAGUAGCCCAACUUCUUUAUUCUAUAAAAAAAAAACUUAAGAGCUUGAGAUCAAGUAGGACAUGCUUCGUCCAAUUCAUCUAAAUUGUGGGUCCGCUAGCUCAUCAAUUCAAUUCAAAGAAUGAAUUUGAGAAUAUGUAAUAUUUUAAAACUUUUUGUUCAUUCUCUUCUUAAAAUAACGAACUCAAUCAAUCGUGCGGCGCAAGGCAGUAUCAGUUCAGAUUAACAAACUCUUAGAACUCCAACUAGGAUUCUAAGCUUUAAAAGCCCUCAUUAGAUUCAAAUACUUCAAGCUUCCUCCGCACCGUAACUCGAUUGAAAUUCUAAGAUCCAAACUGCCUAUAAAUAUCACCGAACCUGAUGGAGUUUAGCACGCCGGCCGAAGAUGGUAAAUAUAUUGACUCCUUUCACACCUCUCUUAAUUUGGUUAUUUUAUGUUUCAGGGCUAGUUCAAGGCUGAAAUUCAGAUGCUAUCAUGCCCGACAAACAUCAUGUUGGCCAAUAUAUUCAAUUAUUGCCAAUUAAGCUGAAGACGGAGUUCAAAAUCCCGGAGGCAGACGAAGCAUAGCGGAUUGCUGGUGCCGCUUGCCAGAGGUCAGUGGUCAUAGGCCGAGCUGGAUAUUGAUUCUUCUGGUGAUGUUGCAGUUUCGAAAGGCCGCCGCUGCCGCUGAUUUCUUCCUGGUUUAUUUUGCUCGUCGGCCAGAAGAUGAAGUUGAUCUGUUGACUGCGCCCUUUUUGUGCGAUGAAGAUGAUAAACUGGGUUUGACCGGAGAAGAUGGUGGGCCCGAUUUCAUCGCUGGAGCCGUCGCUAGAGAGAGGAGUACCGGUUUUGGCGAGAAGAAUGAACGAGAUUUGUUGGCGCUGAUAUUCUUUUGCUUGUGCGGAGGACCAGAUGGUUUCAAUUAAUCGUUGCUCUCUGCUCAAGUGAAAAGAAGACUAGCUGCGGGUUUCAUCGGAGAGUAACAUCUUGCCGCCGCCGCCGUUUUCUUUUAGCCCAACCAUUCCGCCUGCUUGCCGGAAAGGAGCUCAAUUGAUCACAGUUGGCGUUGAUUUCUCUCGAAUUGCGUUCGUUCAUCGGAGGAUGAAUCUGGUCACUGUUCACCGAUCGGGAGAGAAAUCUCGGCUGAGCUUGAAGCUGAUUUCUGGCAAGGAGAACUGCGACAGACUUUUCUUUUCUGCAUAUUGCCUAGGGCCGCUAGCGUGAAGAUGACUAGAGAAAUUGAGGCUAGCGGGCUUGGUUCAACCGUUCUGAUCCUGAUCAGACGCUUAGGAUUUUUUCUCUAUUCCUUAUAAGCAUUUUUUUUUUAAAUCCUCCUUUUUUUCUUCUGCUUCUUUUUUCUUUUUCUUUUUGUUUUUUUGCAGGGACGAUCCAAUUGUGGCUCCUUUUUUAGUUCUCCACGCGCUAGAGCAAUUGCGAGUCUGGUAUUCUAUUAUUUCAAGUGACUUGAAAGUGAUGCCAUUCAUUGUAAAGGAAGGAGCUUUGGCCGAUUGCCGAUCGUGGGCGUGAAGACCAGCUAUUUUGUCGGUGUGAAGACCGACCACUUCGUCGGUGUGAAGACCGACCACUUCGUCGGUGUGAAGACCGACCACUUCGUCGGUUUGAAGACCGACUAUUUUGUCGGUGCGAAGACCGGCCACUUCGUCGGUUUGGAGACCGGCUAUUUUGUCGGUGCGAAGACCGGCCACUUCGUCGGUUUGAAGACCGACUAUUUUGUAGGUGGGAAGACCGGCCACUUCGUCGGUUUGAAGACCGACUAUUUUGUCGGUGCGAAGACCGGCCACUUCGUCGGUUUGGAGACCGGCUAUUUUGUCGGUGCGAAGACCGGCCACUUCGUCGGUUUGAAGACCGACUAUUUUGUCGGUGGGAAGACCGGCCACUUCGUCGGUUUGAAGACCGGCUAUUUUGUCGGUGCGAAGACCGGCCACUUCGUCGGUUUGAAGACCGGCUAUUUUGUAGGUGCGAAGACAGGCCACUUCGUCGGUUUGAAGACCAGCUAUUUUGUCGGUGCUUGAAGCGGUCUUAUCGGAGCUUGAAGCGGUCUUGCAGGAGCUUGAAGUGGUCUUGCUAGGGCUUGAAGCGGUCUUGUCGGAGCUUGAAGCGAUCUUGCCGGAGCUUGAAGCGGCAGGGGCUUGUAGCGGUAGGAGCUUGCAGCGGUCCGUUAGGAGCUUCUAGCGGAAGGAGCUUAUAGCGGCAGGAGCUUGUAGCUGUCCGGCAGAAGCUUGUAGCUGUCUGGAAGGAGCAUGAAUCGGUCAGGCAGGAGCUUGUAGAUGUCUUACCAGUUUUGCCAGUUUCAAACGAUGGUGUUUCCCUUUGUCCUUGUGAAGAAGAUGACACUGCCGAUUCAAACUUAAGAGGGGAGUGGCAGAGUAGAAUUCUUCCCGAGCUGCAGCGGCGUGUUUUUGACGCCAAUUUUAGGUGAUUCUAGGCGUUGCUUGUGGUAAGAACCGGCAAUCAUUGCACUUUUCGAUCCCGGCGGAAAUCUAGGAGGCGGAUUGUCACUCGCACUUCAAAGGGAGAAGUUAAAAUUUUAAGUAUUUACUUAAAAUAUUUAGGACACCGAGGCUGAGGAGUCGCAGUUGCUCGUGCUGUGUUAUUGACACGAUGGUGGCGUUGUGGAGACAUCAUUUGAAGCUCCGCUUCAAUCAACUUCUGGUGAGGAGGAGACCAAAGUAUUCCUCUAGCCUUCACCAUUCAUCUGUCUUUUUCGUAAGCCUUCUUCUGAUAUUUUCUCUGACGAAAUGACUUAAUUGGGAUUUAUUUUGUUAUAACUGAACUCAAAAUUGAAACUUUUGAGCUGCCUACGUACUCCUAUGACAGAGAUCAAGUCAAACGUAGUUCACAAUACCAUUUGAAUAGGUAAUUUAAAAAAGAGGUGG